GCCAUCGAAUCACUAGAUUUCACAGUGUAACGUCAAAGUUGGGAAAAAGCCUGUCAUUCGAAUUCGGCGACAGGUAUAAAUACCGUGGCCAUUCGAGCCCGUCUUCAAUUGCUUCGAUCUCUUUCUGGAUUACUCCAUCAGUAUUUAAGCCCUGGGUCACUGAACAGAGCAUCCCAAAAGACUCGGAGGACGUAUUGAUAAAAAUGGACUUUUGUCAGCUACUCGCAUCUUUGGUCCUGUCUGUAUGCUGCCAUGUAUUGUCCACAACAGCAUGGUCAGUGAAUAAUUUCCUGAUGACAGGACCCAAGGCAUAUCUUAUGUAUGCAAGUAGUGUGCAAGCAGGGGCACAGCGCGGCAUUGAGGAGUGUAAAUACCAGUUUGCAUGGGACAGGUGGAACUGUCCUGAGAGCGAAUUACAACUGUCAACACAUAAAGGAUUGCGAAGAGCUACCAAAGAAACAGCUUUUGUACAUGCUAUAAGUGCUGCUGGAGUUAUGUAUACAUUGACCAAGAACUGCAGCAUGGGAGACUUCGAUAACUGUGGCUGUGAUGACUCAAAAACUGGAAAAAUAGGAGGUCGAGGCUGGAUUUGGGGUGGAUGCAGUGAUAACGCUGACUUUGGUGAGAACAUUUCUAAGCAGUUUGUGGAUGCGCUGGAGAAUGGUCACGAUUCACGCGCUGCUGUAAACCGCCACAACAACGAGGCUGGCAGACUUGCUAUCAAAGCAACGAUGAAGAGAUCAUGCAAGUGUCACGGAGUGUCUGGAAGCUGCAGCGUUCAAACGUGCUGGAUGCAACUUUCUGACUUCAGGGAUGUUGGCAACUACCUGAAAAUCAAAUAUGACCAGGCCCAGAAGCUUGAGCUGGACCAGCGACGCAUGCGCACUGGGAACAGCGCUGAGAACCGUGGCGCGAUCGCAGACACUUUCAGCAGCAUUUCGCGCACCGAGCUCAUACACCUAGAGGACUCCCCAAAUUACUGUAUAAAAAAUCUGAGCCUUGGUCUGCACGGAACUGAAGGCAGGGAGUGUUUGCAGAAUGGCAAUAAUUUGUCGCAGUUUGAAAAGCGAAGCUGCAGAAGGCUGUGCCAUGAGUGUGGCCUAAAAGUAGAGGAAAAAAGGAUAGAAAUCGUGAGUAGUUGUAACUGCAAAUUCCACUGGUGCUGUACGGUGAAGUGUGAGAAGUGUACACAAUUCGUAAAAAAAUACAUUUGUGCAAAAAGGAAUAAGAGCAAUCGGCUACAUAACGGUUCACGAAGGAGGCAGCGUGUACGUAGUUAACCUCCCCAUGCACAUCUGUUUAAUCCAAAGUGUAUAUUUGUACAUAUUGACAAUUAUUUUAAAGCUGACAUCAAGAUAAUGAUAUUCCUAUCUUGUAAAAAAAAAGAAGCUCCAUUUUCCUUGGCUAAUUAAUUUCCAGUACUUAUGUUCUAUAUGUGCACUUUUUUUGUUCUUAAAAUCAGAUCACCGAUUGGUUUGCUAAACCUUAAAUAAAUGUUUUUUAUUUUAAACACAAACUUGCUUGACAAUGUUUACUGCACCU